UCCUACUCCAAUAGUGUGUCGCACACUCACACCAGCGCAUAGGUUAUGUUUAGUUGUUUACUAAUAGCAGGCGCAAAACUGUAUUAAAUUAAUUUUGGGACAAAUCCCGUCGGAAGCUUUGCCCUCAUACAAUGCCUGAAGAACAUUCAUCAGCUCCACCGCCGCAGCUGCCGUCUCGACCAUCGCCGCAGCCUUCGCCGGAGCCGCAGUCUCAACCGUCGCCGCAGCCGCAGCCUCAACCGUCGCCGCAGCCGCAGCCUCAGCUACCCGAAUCUUCGCAACCGCAAUCCUAUCCUUCAACCCCUGUUCCCGAGUUCGACCCUAGUCGAAUGAUUGGUAUCAUCAGACGGAAAGCUUUGAUUAAAGACUUGGCUGCUGCUUACCAUGCUGAGUGCCUUGAUUACUGUCAAAAACUUCUUGAACUUCAGCGAAGAUGGGAAGAGACAUAUAAAGAAAUCAAGACAUUUGAAGAUUCAAAAAAGGAUUAUGUUCGACCAUCCAAGCGCGUGAAAAAAGUUCGUUAAAUUCAAACUUAGUGUAAGAGUACUAAUUUAUCUAGUUCUGUAAUCUUCAAUAUUUUAGUUUCGAUUCUCAUCUUGUUACUGUAAAUAAGAAGGUUUUAUAUGGGUUUGGAGAUCUGUACAGGAAAAAAAAUGCAGCCGUUUAUUUAUCAGAAAGUUAGAGAUGGGAUAUGCAACCUUCCUUCUAUAGUAUGAUAAGCAGCCUGACUAUUUACCAUAAGGUAACAAAAUUACACAAAUUUGACGGUUAGGAAUUAUUGUAAAUUUAUAUACCACGGAGUUAUUCUUGAUUUAUGCAUCGAGAUAGACUUUGUCAGUUUUAUUCAUUUGUAGUUAACUGUACUUUUGUAACCUGGUUUGCGCGCUUUGUUGCCUUGAGAGUUUGUGGUUCCC